CCCACGUCAUGUGGUGUCGUGUUCCUUUUUCCCAGCGUUACAUAACCUCCCCACCUUUUGUUUGUCUUUAAGCUCCAUGAGAAGAAAAAAAAAGUGCAGCAGGGAGAGACGUCUCAGUCCAGAGCUGACUUUAGAGAAGGAUCACACACCGGUAGCCGGAACACUUCAAACUGAUAAGAUGAGUAAGAAGCUGAUCCUGGACGUGGACACCGGGGUGGACGAUGCCCAGGCCAUCAUGAUGGCCAUCGCAGACCCCAACGUGGAGAUCCUGGCGAUCACCUGCAGCCACGGCAACACCAAGCUGGACAACGCCUGCAAGAACACACUGCGUGUCCUCAAAGUCUGCGGCCGGAUGGACAUCCCAGUGUACCGCGGCUGCUCCGAGCCGGUGCUGGGCCGCAAGCGCCACGCUGGAGACUUCCACGGGAAGGACGGGCUGGGCGACGCCCCGGAUCCAGACGCUCCGGGCCUGGAGCUGCUGCAGAAGAGAAGAGCUCCACAGGCCAUAAUUAAGAUCGUCAACGCAAACCCUGGAGAGGUGACUCUCGUUGCCACGGCGCCCCUCACUAACCUGGCCGUGGCUGCACAGCUGAACCCGUCCUUCUCCAAGAACCUGAAGGCGCUCUACAUCAUGGGGGGGAACACUGAGUCCAGGGGUAACACCACCGUGUGUGGAGAGUUCAACUUCGUGGCUGACCCCGAGGCGGCCUACAUCGUGCUGGACCGCUACACCUGCCCCACCUACAUCGCCCCCUGGGAGUUCAGCUGCAGGAACAGCCUGCCGUGGUCUUUCUGCGACACUUGGCUGGCCCAGGACACGGAGAAGGCUCGCUUCAUGAAGAAGAUCUCCCUCCACACCAGAACGAUGGUCCAGACGGAGCGCUAUCAAAAGGAGCUGGUGUCCGGACCUGGGUUCAACACCUGCGACACCUACGCUUUGGCUGCCGCCAUCGACGACACUCUGCUGACGGAGAGUGACGAGGUCGCGGUGACGGUGGAGUUGGAGGGCACACACACCCGAGGCAUGAUGGUCCUGGACUACAUGGACCUGCUCAAGAAGAAGCACAAGGUCUUCAUCAUGAAGAGCAUCGACCUGGAGAAGUUCAAACGGCUGUUGACGAACGCACUGAACUAGCGUGACGUCUGCAAACGGGCACACACACACAUGUAUCGUUGUUAUUUGUUUCAAAUCAAGGAGGUUUUUUGGAUCCAUUGUUGAUGGUGUAAUUGGCUUUUUGAUUAGUUCGUGCAGCCGUUAACUCAAGAAUAGAAAGAAGUUGAUUUAUAUUGUGAGUGGCUGUGAUUUCUUCAACUGCUUAUAAACUAUGUAUGAAUUUACCUAAUAUGUAAAGCACUGGUUCUUUCAUAACAUAAAUAAGAUGAUACUUA